AUGGAUUCCAAAUUAUCUCCAGAGCUAGGCGAGAUUCCUGGUAAGACCAAAGCUCAGCAUUAUCCAUCGAGUAUUGAGGCUGGAGUUUGUGAGAAUGUUUUGAAAUGUGACGAAGACGAUGCCGUCCUUCGAGCAAAUGGUCACGAGGCCGCAAUGCCUCAUCAAUUUACCUGGCUUUCUGCACUUGGGCUUUCUUUCUCAAUCAUCAACUCUUGGAUUGGAUACCUGCCAAGCGGCGGGCAAUAUCACUUUUGUUUUAUUCUAAGUCCACCAGGCUCCAGGCGAUAUGCUGCUUAUAUCGUUGGCUGGAUCACAAUGUUAGCCUGGUGGAUUGUGACUUGCUCCGGGAUAUCCCUUUCGGCUGUGGUUUUGAAUGGAAUUGUCAAUUUCUGGCAUCAAGAAUAUAUCGGAAACCAAUGGGAAACAUACUUGAUCUACCUUGCGGUAUCAGUGGUGACCAUCCUUCCCGUCUUUUACUCUUCGAAGGUUUUCGCCGUCUCGCAGGCAUCCCUAUAUCUCAGUCUCACUGGAUAUCUAAUCUUGUUUAUCGUCGCGCUUGUGAUGCAUAAGCACCGCCAGCCUGCGGAAUUCCUCAUACGGUCUGGUCUUGGAGUGAGCGGGUGGUCGGAUGGUACUGGCUGGUUGCUCAGCAUCAGUAACGCUAUGUAUGCUUAUGGAGGUGUUGCUGGAGUCGUGCAUAUCUCGGAAGAGAUGCCUAAACCAAGGAAGCGUAUCCCUCAAGUCAUGCUUCUGACCAUGUUCAUCGGUCUUGCCACCGCACUCUCGCUCUUCGUCGUUCUUAUGCUGUUUGUUGUUGACAUGGAUGCUGUACGGACAUCACCACUCCCUAGUCUGGAACUUAUCUAUCAAGUUACUGGCAAUCGCGAGGUGACGCUUGCAAUUUUUAUUUCAUUGUUGAUCAUCUACUGCGCUGGUUUACCGGCUCAAUGGGUCACCUCAGGACGGAUCGCCUGGGCAUUAGCGAGAGAUCACGGUGUGCCCUUCGCAUUCAAUUCAAUUGUCACUUCGGCAGUACUGUUCUUGAAUAUCUCUUACACGGUACCCCAAGGCAUAUUGCUUGCUCGAGGUCGCAAAUCUCUACCGGAUCGAUAUCUGAAGCUCGGCUGGCUGGGAUACUUUUGCAACAUCUUCUCAGUGCUGUGGAUUAUCUUUCUUGGUGUCCUGAUUUGUAUGCCGCCAAACCUCCCUGUAUCGCUGGGAUCAAUGAACUAUACUCCUGUGAUACUGGUUGGUAUAUUCGCAAUCAUCAAUCUGAUUUGGAUCGUUUCCGGUAGGAAGAAGUUCGAAGGCCCACAAAUUGACUGGAAUGCCAUGCUCAACAUCGAGAAUUAA